ACCAGAAUGCUGUAGGUUCAUCAAGUAUUUUGUGUCACCGUUGUGGACUUGUGAGGCACUGGCGUCACCAUGAGUACUUACAGGAGUAUUUGCAUUCUGCUACUUACGACUGCUGUCACCUUGGAAUGUACACGAGGGACAGAAAACAACGAAGUUCAAGUAUCAACCGCCACAUCCAAGCCAUUAUUUUGCUUCUUCACCAACUGGGCCCAGUAUCGCCAAGGCAUGGGGAAGUUCUUUCCGGAACAGGUGGACCCCCACUUGUGCACGCACGGCGUUUACGCUUUCGCCAAGCUGAACGGAAACCAACUGGCCCCCUAUGAGUGGGACGAUGACUCCACGCCUUGGAAAAAAGGACUGUAUGAACGUUUCAAUGACCUUAAGAAGAUUAACCCUAAUUUUAAAACACUUCUUGCUGUGGGUGGCUGGAACAUGAAAUCUGAGCCAUUCAGUCAAAUGGCGGCAACUAAGGAAAGCAGGCGAGAGUUCGUCAUGACGUCAAUCCAGUUUUUAAGGAACAGAACUUUUGAUGGUCUUCUGCUAGAUUGGGAAUACCCAGGAAGCAGAGGAGGAAAGCCAUCGGAUAUAAAUACAUUUACUGAACUUCUGCAGGAAUUGCAAGCGGCUUAUACAGAAGAAGCAAAGAAUUCUAACAAAACAAAAUUAUUGCUAACUUCAGCAGUUGCCGCAGGUUUAAAGUACAUUAAAUACGCAUAUGAUGUUCCGAAGAUUUCAAAAACGUUAGACUAUGUCCUAGUCAUGUCAUACGACCUGAUGGGUCCAUGGGCCAAUGUGACCGGGCUGAACAGUCCACUGUAUCCAUUUAAAGGAGCCAAGGGGCCCGAUACCCAGCUUAACGUGGAGUGGGUUAUGAAGUAUUGGGAGAAAAAUGGAUCGCCAAAAAAUAAACUAAUUGUAGGACUUCCAACAUAUGGGCACACUUUUACCUUAGUCGAUGACAAAGACUGCGGCAUCGGUGCUCCUGACAAGGGGGCAGGACCAGCAGGAACGUUUACAAGACAAGCCGGAUUCCUCGCUUACUACGAGAUUUGCAGCCUCUUAAAGCAAGGCUAUAAGUAUGUCAUGGACGAUACAGCCAAGGUGCCGUACGCUUAUGGAAAGGCUCAAUAUGGAGGAAUGGAGUGGAUUAGUUUUGACAAUCAGAUAAGUUUGAAAACCAAGGUGGAAUGGAUAAAAGCCCAAGGUUAUGCUGGCGCCUUCACGUGGGAUUACGCCUUGGAUGACUUUAGUGGUGCCGGAUGUGGCCAGGGGAAAUACCCUCUUCAUAACGUUAUCAAAAAUGGACUAAUGUAAUACUGGUUUAUCUGCCCAGUCUCUGGCGAUGUCACGAUGUUUUGAAGUGGGAGACGUGUCAAGGGAAGACAUGACUAUAUUAAGACAGCUAGCCCAUACCACUGUGCUUGUCUGUUAGCAUUGAGCGUAAACGAGUACUUGCGCCUUCAGCACCUUCCAUGUGCGAGUAGCAAAAACGAGUAGCAAAAACAUGAGAACAAAAUUUAAUCCUAACUUUUAAGUCAAAUUAAAAUUAAAAUUUGCGGCUUGCUUGUAUAAAAUUAUAUAGAUAAACUUGAGUGAAGUCGAUAUAACAAUUUGAAGAGAUUUAAAUUACACUGGACAUCAGGCAUCCAUGGCUUGCAUUUCUGUCUCCUUUGCCGCUUCGUCGCUUUGUGGUACCUUUUUCCAGAACUUCAUGCUGUUGAAUUUAAAACGUGUUUAUUGUUAUUAAUAAAAAUGACACCUGUUGUCAUGCUUUAACAACGUUAGAAAACCAAUAAAUAUUUUAUCUUCUUUAAGAGCCGUUUUUUCUUUCCUUU